AAUUAUUAUCUGUUUUAUCACAAUAAUAGUUAAAUACAAUAAUAGAUCUGUAAAAACAUUAUAUUUAGGCAAUAUUAAAAUUAAGUAGUAAAUUUAUAAAUUUAUUCUGUGUUAAUUAAGUUUGAGACAUCUUUAAAAUGGAUCAGAGAGAAUCUCCUAGAAACACUUACGAUAAUAUUGAGCGAAGUUUAACUACUUCUAGAGAUAGAUUCAGCGAGGAAAUGCAAAGAUUGGCAAUGGAAAUAAAUCGAUUAGGAGGUCAAGUGACUUAUCGCGAACGAGAAUUGAUAGGGACACCAUCACCAUCAUCAUCUCAACCAACUUUUAGUUUGUCAGAUUCUACGCGACACGUGGAUGAUUCGAGGAGAUUUCUGCCGGAAUCAUCCGGUUCGAUACGAAAUCAAGAAAGUACAGAUAAUUAUCUUCCUACGGUCGAAGACAAAAGUAAUGGAAAAUAUUUAAAUCUUUGUCUCGACAUGAAAGGAUAUUUACCCGAAGAUAUUUCUGUUACUUCCAAGAGAAAUUUCAUACAAGUACACGCUAGACACGAAGACAAACAUACAAAUCGGUUGAAUGAAUAUAAAUGGGAAUAUAUUCUUCCAGAAGAUAACUAUCCAGAACAUAUCGAUUACGCUAUUGCUCAAAAUGGAUACUUAACCAUUAAUGGAAUUCUUGCGAAACCCCUUCCAUCUGGCAGAGAAAAUGUUACAUCAAUUUCUCGAUUAUAAAAAUUCUC